AUGGCUGUACAAUCUGUCAUCACCUUCGCGUUCCUUCUCAUCGCUUGUGUGCUUGCGACGCCGACCCUCGAGCAACGCACCAGCAACGUGUGCGCAGGCGGCCUUUACGGCGAGCUCAUACCCUACUUGAAGAACUGCGAUGUUGCACAAGCGUAUUGCUCGAUCAAGUAUCCGGUGGCUUGUACAAAGGGUCUCUCCAAGCGCACUGCACCAACGACUACAACGAAGGUGACCACAACCACAUCAAAGUCUACAUCCAAGUCGACUUCGUCGUCGGUGAAUCCGACCUCUUCGGCCUGGUCUAAGUGCCAGGGGCAGGGAGCCAGCUUUGUAUCCACGCUCUGCUCCUGCAUCGAAACACCUAGGCCAUGUAAGAGUACGACAACCUCUAGGGUAACAACUAAGCCAACCACUACCACCACUAAACCCAUCACGACUACCACUACGACUACAACGACAUCUACGACAACGACGACAACAUCAAUCGCGCCAGCGUACACACCUCCCAGCGCCGUCAUUCAAGAAGGUCGAUACUGCCAGGAACUCCAAGGACCCGGCUACACCAUACCCAACGGAGUCUGUACCCCUGCAACCAUCCAAGGCUCUCCGAAAGCAUUCAGCCCUGUCACCGGCGACGCCGGCUCUUGCACCAGCACCGAUGACUGCACUGUUCAGUUCUUCUCCGACACUGCCUGCACAAACUUCGUUACCACCAUUAAUUUCCAAGGUUGCGAGUUCUAUGCCGACGGCAGUGUUCAAGCCUACAGACUGAACUGUCCUCAGUGUAAGCCAUUGGGCGCUAAUUGA